AUGGUUCGCAUCAAUGUGUUGAAAAAAUUGAUGUGUGUUCUUGUGGUGAUACUGGUAGCACUGACAGUUUGCCUGUGGAGAGAGACGAGACGAAGCUACUAUGUUCCCUUCAAAACCGAGAGCAACGGCUUGGAGGUUCACAGGACUUUGGAAAAAUGGAACCCAGUUAUGUCACAGGGCCUUUUCCAUGAAGCCACGAGUGAACUGGGCCAGAUAUCAAAAAGGUGGUUUGGUGACCACAACAAAGUAAGAGGCAGCACUUCUGGAACGGCUGAAAAGUUCAAGAAGGCAGCAGACUCUCUGAAAGUAUGGGAUAAGGACAGUUCAUCCAGAAAUCUCAUACCCAGGCUGCAGAAGGUCAGAAAAAACUACUUGUCCAUGAACAAGUACAAUGUGACUUACACUGGGAAGAGGAACACUGCUAAACUCAGCCCAGAGAAGCUGCUCUGCCAGCUACGGGACAGAGUGAAUGUGACCAUGAUACAGGCAUCAGAUAAUCCUUUUGAUACCUCUGAAUGGCAGCAAUACCUACCAGGGAAAAGCCUGAAUGAAACCAUAGGUCUCCUUGGUUCCUGUGCUGUUGUGUCCUCAGCAGGAUCUCUGAAAUCAUCUCAUUUGGGACAAGAGAUAGACAGCCACGAUGCCGUCUUGCGAUUCAAUGGGGCUCCUGUCAAGGGGUUCGAGGAGGACGUGGGGCAAAAGACAACAAUUCGCCUUGUGAACUCCCAGCUUGUAACUGUUGAGGAGCAGCAGUUCCUGAGGGAUGCACUAUAUAACACUGGAAUCUUAAUUGUCUGGGAUCCAGCACCAUAUCAUGCAGAAAUUCAUGAGUGGUACAGAAAACCAGACUACAACUUUUUUGAAAGCUAUAAGUCAUAUCGUCAUAUACAUCCAGAGCAGCCCUUCUAUAUCCUGAACCCAAAAAUGCAGUGGCAACUCUGGGACAUUCUGCAAGAGAAUUCACUGGAGCAUAUUCAGCCUAAUCCACCAUCAUCGGGAAUGCUUGGCAUCAUCAUCAUGAUGACGCUCUGUGACCAAGUGCACGUGUACGAGUAUCUCCCCUCCAAGCGGCAGACGGACAUUUGCCACUAUUACCAGAAGUUUCACGACCGUGCCUGUACCAUGGGAGCCUACCACCCCCUCCUGUUUGAGAAAAACUUGGUGAAGCAUAUGAACCAGGGCACAGAUGAGGACAUCUUUACUCAUGGGAAAGUUACCUUGCCCGGCUUCCGAAACGUGCAUUGCUAGCAGAGCAGGUUUUAGUGUAUGUAGAUAUUUUUCUUGACUGUGAAAGCACUUUUUAAAUCAGGGUUGUCAGAUUUGUGAGGUCUAAGCACUGGUGU